CUUUGAUUGAGAAAAAAAUGUGCAGAUGAAACAAGGGGGGAAAGAAAAUUCUUUCUUGGGAGCCAAUCUAUUUUCUGUAAAUUCUCUGCUCCCUCCCUUUCCUUCUUCAUCUCGCAGAAUUUCCAUCUCCAAAUCCAGAUAAAAUUCUCCAGCCUUUUCUCGACUCUUGGUUUGAAUUCCUUCAGAUAAUUCUGAAGCUCGACUAUGGUGUAGUUUGAAUGCAAUGCGGUUCAUCCAUGAUCUUACAUGUUGUUGUUGUCUUCUCUUCUGAUCUCUCUAUAUUUUGAAUCUUGAAAACGGUCGAGCUUUCUGAAUUAUUUCUUAUUAUUGUUGUCCCUCUACAAUCAUCCAAUUCGAUUGUAGAUUCUAGGGUUUUUUGCCGAAUUGUUGGGUCAAAUACCAAAAAGGAAAAAAAAUUAUGUUAAAUUAGUGAUUUUCUCCUUCAGAGACAAGUUUAUUACAAAAUCAUAGAGAUGCCUUGCAAAAUUUAAAGCAAUUCUGGUAUAUUUCCUCAAUUUUGGGAAGAAGGCCUAUGAACUAGAGUUUUGAUAAGCGAUGGAUCAUCUUGUCGGUGGAAAAUUCAAACUCGGCCGCAAGAUCGGCAGUGGAUCUUUUGGGGAGCUAUACAUUGCUGUCAAUGUCCAGACGGGAGAUGAAGUUGGUGUGAAGCUGGAGCCUGUGAAGACCAGACAUCCUCAGCUACACUAUGAGUCUAAAAUUUACAUGAUUCUCCAAGGGGGAACUGGAAUUCCCGAGCUCAAGUGGUUUGGUGUUGAGGGUGACUAUAAUGUCAUGGUCAUAGACCUUUUGGGGCCAAGCCUAGAAGACUUGUUCAACUACUGUAACCGAAAAUUUUCUUUAAAGACGGUUCUUAUGCUUGCAGAUCAGUUGAUUAAUAGAAUUGAGUAUAUGCACUCAAGGGGUUUCCUCCACCGUGAUAUAAAGCCUGACAACUUUCUAAUGGGGUUAGGACGCAAAGCUAAUCAGGUGUAUGUUAUCGACUAUGGGCUAGCAAAGAAGUAUAGGGAUCUUCAAACUCAUAAGCACAUACCAUAUAGAGAGAACAAGAAUCUUACAGGAACAGCUAGAUAUGCUAGUGUUAAUACUCAUCUUGGAGUUGAACAAAGCAGAAGAGAUGAUUUGGAAUCCCUUGGAUAUGUACUCAUGUAUUUCUUAAGGGGAAGCCUUCCAUGGCAGGGUCUGAAGGCUGGAACGAAAAAGCAGAAGUAUGAUAAAAUUAGUGAAAAGAAGAUGUUGACACCAAUUGAGGUAUCAUUAAUGCAGGUUCUUUGCAAGUCAUAUCCGUCAGAGUUCACAUCAUACUUUCAUUAUUGUAGAUCCUUAAGGUUCGAAGAUAAGCCUGAUUAUGCGUAUUUGAAAAGGCUGUUCCGUGACCUUUUUGUUCGCGAAGGCUAUCAGUUUGACUACAUAUUUGAUUGGACCAUAUUGAAGUAUCCGCAAAUAGGCUCCAGUUCUAGAAGUCGGGACUAGUGGCACAACAGGGCCAAAACCACAAGCAACAGGUGAAAAACCAGAAAAGGCAUCAGGUGUGUUCCUUCCCACGAUGGGAAGAGAGACCAGGGACUCGUGAAAGGCCAAUGUCAGGAGGUGUAGAUGCUUUAGCAGGUAGAAAGAGUGCUUCUGGUAUAGGGCAUCGUGAGCGCUCAAAGCACAGGCAAGCCGAGGAUGGAUCAUCCUCCAAGGACAAUCGAUCAGACGUUGAGAAAAGCCGACCAUCUUCCUCACGGAAUAUGUCAAAGAAAGCAGUUGCAUCGUCCAGUAGAUUGAGCUCAUCAAACGUAGGGAGUGAAAGUCGAUCAAGCUGGCUCUUCUCCAACAGCAGUCGCCUCUCAACUACUCAAAGAAUCCACUCUGGUUCUGAUACAAAAGCCCCAUUAGCAUCUCACCACCAAGGUGGGAGCACUCCCCGAGAAUCAACUCGCACUGAACAUCAGCUUCGUAGCUUCGAUAACCUUGUCAUUGAUGCAGACAGGAGGAGGCAAUGAAACCAAUCCAAGGGCUUCAUACCAGGUACCUCAACACACACC